CAACCAAAUCCUCCCUUCAGAGAGUCCAGACUCAUAUCAUGGAUUUCUCUUCAAAUUUUAUAUCAAUUCUAGGAGUUGUAGCUCUACUCCUACUCUAUAACCAAUGGAGGUCAAGGAAAUAUAGCAGUAAGGGGCAGCCUUUACCCCCACAAGUGCCUGGUGCCCUACCAAUUAUAGGUCACCUUCAUCAGCUUGGUGCCAGGAAACCAUUUGCCCGAAUCUUGGGUGAUAUAGCUGAUAAACAUGGCCCUAUCUUCUCCAUCAAGCUGGGGAUUCACCGCACAGUGGUGGUCAGCAAUCAACAUAUACUGAAAGAGUUCUUCACAACAAAUGACAAGUUCUUAGCUUCACGCCCAUCAAAUAGACUAGCAAAGUACCUAGCCUACAACGGUGCAGCCUUUGGUUUCACGCCUUACAAUUCCUAUUGGCGCGACGUGCGUAAGCUCGCCAUGGUCGAGGUCCUCUCCGUACAGAGGCUAAAGUUGUUCAAGGAUGUUCGAACAUCUGAAGUGAGUCAUUUAGUCAAUGAUUUGUUCAAGAAAUUCAAAGAAAACAAGAGCAAUCCAAUCAAGGUUAACAUUGGCGAAUUGCUUGCACAUUUGGUGCUGAAUAUAAUGACAAGAAUGGUGGCCGGGAAGCGAUACUUCGAAGGUGACAAUAAUGGACAUGAUGAAAAGGGACGUCCCAUUGGACAAGUCAUGAGGGACGUCAUGUAUGCUGCUGGUGCUUUUGUUCCUUCAGACAUGAUUCCAUUUCUAGGAUGGACAGAUUUUUUUGGUCCUGUCAAAACUAUGAAGAAGGUUAGCAAGGAAUUAGAUUCCAUUUUGGAAGUUUGGGUUCAAGAACAUGAGUUGAGAAGGCUUAACGGUGGGGCGCAGACCAAUCGCGAUUUCAUAGAUGUUUUGCUCAAUUCAGUUAAGGACGAUUCCACGUUCGGCCAUUCCCGGGAAAUUGUUAUCAAAGCAACGAUACAGACUCUUAUAUUCGCUGGGUUUGAUACAACAGCCCUCACCAUGACAUGGAUGUUGGCUAAUUUGUUGAACAACAGGAGAGAACUGGAGCUUGCCCAAGAGGAAAUAGAUCAGAAAAUUGGGAGGGAAAGACCUGUAGAGGAAUCCGACAUCGAAAACUUAGUGUACCUUAAAGCAAUCACGAAAGAAACACUGAGAUUAUACCCAACAGUGCCCAUGGGAGUUCCUCGAGAAUCAAUGGAAGAUUGCACCCUUUUCGGAUACCAUAUUCCGAAGGGUACUCGUCUUUUGACAAAUUUGUGGAAGUUGCACCGAGACCCGAGUAUAUGGACGAAUCCUGAGGAGUUCAAGCCUGAUAGAUUUCUGACAACCCAUGCAGGAGUAGACAUUUUGGGUCAGAAUUUCGAGCUCAUACCAUUUGGUUCGGGUAGAAGGUCUUGUCCAGGUCUCAAUUUUGCUAUGCAAGUGAUACUGCUUGGAAUGGCUAAGCUGCUUCAAGGAUUUAAUUUCACAACACCAAACAAUGAACCUGUGGACAUGACUGAAAGUUUGAAUCUCACCUUGUCUAAUGUAACUCCUCUGGAAGUUAUGGUCAGUCCUCGUCUCGCUCCUGAGUUUUACCAAUAUUAAGCUAGAAGAUAACUAUUUCAUAAUAAAGUUUGGUCAUUAUUUAGAGUGUGUUAGAUAUAAUGGAUGAAUACAGCUGAUAGCUGUUGUUGGAGUGGCUGAUAAAAUGAGGAAUAAAAAUAUGUAUUAUGUUAUUUCUUUAUUUUUAAGAUAUUUAUAUAAUUAAUAAUUUAU